AUGUCCCUCUCUAACAAGCUCUCUAUUACUGAUCUCGACCUCAAGGGAAAGCGCGUUCUCAUUCGCGUUGAUUUUAACGUCCCCAUCCAGGACGGACACAUCACUAACCCUGCGAGAAUCGUAGCGGCUCUGCCCACCGUCAAGUACGCUCUCGAGAAUGGCGCUCGCGCCGUUGUCCUGAUGUCCCAUCUCGGACGCCCCGAUGGCAAAGUCGUCGAGAAAUACUCUUUGAAACCCGUCGCCGCAGAAGUUGAAAAACUCCUCGGAAAGAAAGUCAUCUUCUUGAACGACUGUGUCGGAGCUGAGGUGGAACAGGCCGUCAACUCUGCUCCAGAAGGUUCCGUUAUCCUCCUCGAGAACUUGCGUUUCCACAUUGAGGAGGAGGGCUCCGUCAAGAACAAGGACGGCAGCAAGACCAAGGCUGAUCCCGCUAGCGUCACUGCGUUCCGCGAGCAGCUCACCAAACUCGGUGAUGUCUACGUCAACGACGCCUUUGGUACCGCUCACCGCGCCCACUCGAGUAUGGUCGGCGUUAAGCUCCCCCAAAGGGCCGCCGGAUUCCUUAUGAAGAAGGAAUUGGAAUACUUUGCCAAAGCACUCGAAAACCCUGAACGCCCUUUCCUCGCUAUCCUCGGUGGUGCCAAAGUCUCUGAUAAGAUCCAGCUUAUUGACAACAUGUUGGACAAGGUCAACUCUUUGAUCAUCUGCGGUGGAAUGUCUUUCACCUUCAAAAAGACUCUGGACAAAGUUCCCAUCGGUACCUCCCUGUUCGACCAAGCUGGCUCUGAAAAAGUCGCUGGUCUAGUGGAGAAAGCGAAGAAGAACAACGUCAAGCUUGUGUUCCCAGUGGACUACAUCACGGCCGACAAGUUUGACAAGAAUGCUCAGACCGGAGUUGCUACCGAUGAGGGAGGAAUUCCCGACGGUUGGAUGGGACUCGACGCUGGUCCGAAGAGCCGUGAGCUCUUCAAGCAAACUGUGCUAGAAGCAAAGACCAUUCUCUGGAACGGUCCUGCUGGUGUGUUUGAGUUCCCUGCUUUUGCUGAGGGAUCCAAGGAGCUCCUGGAUGCUACAAUUGAAGCGGUCAAGAAGGGAGCCACUGUGAUUGUUGGAGGAGGAGAUACUGCGACAGUUGUUGCCAACCACGGCAAAGAAGACGAGCUCAGCCAUGUCAGCACUGGAGGAGGAGCCAGCCUGGAGCUUCUCGAGGGCAAGACUUUGCCUGGUGUUGCGGAAUUGAGCGAAAAAUGA